AUGGGCCAAUCUAAGGACACAGCAAUAUGCCGAUUCAAGAACAUGGAGAAGCGAUUUAAUCGGGAUCCACUAUUGAAGAAGGAUUACGCAGCGUUUAUUCACGAAUAUGAAGCUAUAGGGCAUAUGAGGAAGAUUCAAACCCCGGAAGCGCUGGUUAUGCCUCACUACUACUUGCCGCAUCAUUGCGUAAUUAAAGAGGAAAGUGAUACUACCAAGUUAAGAGUGGUAUUUGACGCCUCAUGCAAGACAACUUCAGGCAUUUCGCUUAAUGAUGCUUUGAUGACUGGACCUGUUCUGCAGCAAGACUUAUUCUCCAUUGUCAUGAGGUUCCGCACUUUUGAAUAUGUUUUGAUUGCAGAUAUUAAAAAGAUGUAUAGACAAGUCUUUAUUGAUGAAUCACAGGUUGCAUUACAGCGCAUCGUAUGGCGUGAUAAUCCAGAUCAGCCAAUUAAGGAAUACGAGCUUAUAACUCUCACGUAUGGUACGGGGCCAGCAGCAUUUCUCGCCAUCAAGUCCAUUAGAAUGUUUGCCGAGCUCGAAGCAAAUAACUUCCCCAUCGAAGAUCACACUACGUGA